AUAUUGGGUUUUGUGUUGAAACACAUCACGGCAUUUGCAACAUGGCAGGUUCUUACGACGAGACGGAUAGCUGCAAUAGAUCUAAAACCAAGAUCAAAUACAUCGGUACGUCCUCAGAGUGUGAACUGAAGAAGUAUGACGUCACCAGAAACGGGAGGAAACUCGCGGUUGUCAUCAACAUCACAGAGUUUGAGAGCUCCACGGGGAUGCCACAACGCACUCACGCCAAGACGGAUGAAGCCGUCAUCACUAACAUGCUGGAACAGCUGCUGGGAUUUGAAAUUUUCCCCAAAGAAAACCUCACGUUACAAGAUCUCAUUGAUCUCUUCGAGGAAAUGCGUAGCUGGGACUACAAGCACGUAGACACGCUGGCCGUCGUCGUGAUGUCGUAUGGGGACAACAGGGAGAUCUACACACAUGAUGGCCAGAAGGUGGAGAUGAAAGUACUGCUUGACAACCUCAAGGGCAAGAAAUGCAAGGGACUUGCGGGCAAGCCGAAGAUUGUAUUUAUAAAUGCAGGGAAGUGGGAAGAGUCUCCUGAAGAUCUGGAGGAAGAUUAUGAUGAGGUUGAUGCAUGUGUCAGUCCGGAUGUGGUGACAGAGCCCAAAGACAAGACCAUCUGUAUCCCAAAGGAGUGUGACUUCAUCCAUGUGUACUCGCCAGUAACAUUUGGUCACCAAAAGACUGGCAGCGUGGAACAAGGGAACAUAUUCCUGACAGCUCUGAGCGAGAUGUGUCUGAAACUUGACAAUGGGCCUCUGGAGUUCUGUGACCUACUUACAAGAACCAACCGCCAAGUUGCACACCGAGUCAGGUCUGCCUCAAGCAUCCCUGCCAGACCCUGCUUCUUCCUCUCAACUCUCACGAAGGAGCUCUACCUGACACCCAACACAUAGACACCUGGGUGUAGGCUGUGCACAGUGCCAGACCCUGCUUCUUCCUCUCAACUCUCACGAAGGAGCUCUACCUGACGCCCAACACACCUGGGUGCAGGCUGUACACUCUGCUUCUUCCUCUCAACCCUCACCCAGGGACUCUACCUGACGCCCAACACAUAGACACCUGGAUGCAGGCUGUACGCCCUGCUUCUUCCUCUCAACUCUCACCAAGGAGCUCUACUUGACACCCGACACAUAGACACCUGGAUGCAGGCUGUACACCCUGCUACUUCCUCUCAACUCUCACCAAGGAGCUCCACCUGACACCAGACACAUAGACACCUGAAUGCAGGCUGUACACCCUGCUUCUUCCUCUCAACUCUCACCCAGGAGCUCCACCUGACACCCAACACAUAGACACCUGGAUGCAGGCUGUACACCCUGCUACUUCCUCUCAACUCUCACCAAGGAGCUCCACCUGACACCUGACACCAAACACAUAGACACCUGGAUGCAGGCUGUACACCCUGCUUCUUCCUCUCAACUCUAACCAAGGAGCUCCACCUGACACCCAACACAUAGACACCUGGAUGCAGGCUGUACACCCUGCUUCUUCCUCUCAACUCUAACCAAGGAGCUCCACCUGACACCCAACACAUAGACACCUGGAUGCAGGCUGUACACCCUGCUACUUCCUCUCAACUCUCACCAAGGAGCUCCACCUGACACCCGACACAUAGACACCUGGAUGAAGGCUGUACACCCUGCUACUUCCUCUCAACUCUCACCCAGGAACUCUACCUGACACCCAACACAUAGACAACUGGGUGCAGACUGUACACCCUGCUUCUUCCUCUCAACUCUCACCCAGGAGCUCCACCUGACACCCAACACAUAGACACCUGGAUGCAGGCUGUACACCCUGCUUCUUCCUCUCAACUCUCACCAAGGAGCUCCACCUGACACCCGACACAUAGACACCUGGAUGCAGGCUGUACACCCUGCUACUUCCUCUCAACUCUCACCCAGGAACUCUACCUGACACCCAACACAUAGACAACUGGGUGCAGACUGUACACCCUGCUUCUUCCUCUCAACUCUCACCCAGGAGCUCCACCUGACACCCAACACAUAGACACCUGGAUGCAGGCUGUAUACCCUGCUUCUUCCUCUUAACUCUCACCAAGGAGCUCAACCUGACACCCGACACAUAGACACCUGGAUGCAGGCUGUACACCCUGCUACUUCCUCUCAACUCUCACCCAGGAACUCUACCUGACACCCAACACAUAGACAACUGGGUGCAGACUGUACACCCUGCUUCUUCCUCUCAACUCUCACCCAGGAGCUCUACCUGACACCCGACACAUAGACACCUGGGUGCAGGCUGUACACCCUGCUUCUUCCUCUCAACUCUCACCAAGGAGCUCCACCUGACACCCGACACACAGCUGCCUAAGUCAGGCUGUACACACAAGUAAUGAUAAUCAACACGCGAAGCCUAGGGUUGUGUGUGCAAACACUGAUCAGACAAUACAGGUUCUCCAGGGACCCAACCCAGCUUGUUGCAGACGACACACAAGUCAUGACUCUGCCUACAUGUAAUAUACUACUCAAAAGAAGUUAAGGACCAUCCAGUUUUUCUUAUUACUUUUGUUAAUCAGUUAUGAAAGAAUCAGGUGGUCUUUAACUUCUUUGAGCAGUAAGUAUAUAUAGGACAAGUAACAGUACAUUAGAUGUUUAUUAUUGUACUGUUUCUGUUAACAUGGUUAACAAUCAGCAUGCGAAGCCAAGCAUGAAGACAUUUAUCAGACAGCAUAGGUACUCAAUGAAUCAAACAGCAAUCUUCUAUUGUACAAGGGCAGUGUAUUGCCAUGGUGGUCUUUGUGGACAUGUAAAUGUUUUGUUGGUUCUCCAACAGUGCAGUAUGCAAUAUUACAGCUACAUCACUACAGUUUGUAAAUAAUCAUGUCAACCAGACAAAUAAGUGGUUGAUAUUAUAAAUUCAUGUUUAAUAUUGUUGCAUUAGAUAUAUGUUUUUACUUCUGAGAAGACUUUGUUCUCUUCAUGUGAAGACUGCAGUGGCCAGAGACUAUAUACGAUGUAUCUGAUCAACCCUUAAGUAAAGUUUUGUACUUGUA